CGCCGACCCCAUCUUGUAUCCCCAAGGGCGGUAGGCACAUGCGAAAAAAAACAGGGACGUUACACACACCAUUGAGCACAUGCCAUCCACGACCCGCGAGAGCUUGCGCCGGCCGACAAAUCAAGCAGAGGCGCUGACUCUACCCUCCUAAACCUCCCGUGCCUCUUAUUUACUCCGUACAUACGGCAAGCCCACUACUCGUGUCCGCCGACCACUGUCCGACGUCCAACCACGACUCCGUCUGCGACUGAACCCUCGCCCUCCCUCACCUCACCGCCGCCGUCCACGUGCAACAACAAGAUGUCUCACCUUCUGACAGUCUGCCGUCUCUGAAGCAUUUGCAACUCGGCACACUAGCUCCCCGGCCGGGGCAUGUGAACAAGGGCUCGAAAUGACGGAACAGGAUGCCAGCCCACAGCAGCACCUCCUCCCGCAGCCCACCGGCCGCCGACCGUCCUCCCAGGACCGCCAUGCUGCGCCAGCCAGCCCAGACCCGGGCGAGUCGAGUGCCUCCGGCAGCGUCAUGAACACUACCUGGACCACCGAUGCCACCCUGGCACAGGCACAGCGACCCUCCCACGACGAUGCUCCGGCAAAUGGUCACGCGGCCAGGCAGAAGCGCCAACACCGUCAGUCGAGACCGCACAAACCUCGCUCCAGCGGCGCAUUCCUCCUCUCCGACCCCUUUGAGGACGCUGUCGUCGGCGACGCCCCACACCACAAGCACCGCUCGCGGCGCACCGUCGAAAAGGGCAAAAGCAAAAGCCACCGCACAUCAACCCAGAGCGAUGAGCCGGUACAAAAUGGGAGGCAUUCGAGCCUCGGCCUCGGCCUCGGCCUGUCCCCAGGCCCAGGGAAUACGAUAAACGGUUCAGCAGAAAGACCGCCGCGCACUUCCCCCGGGGCGUUGGGGGCUGAUGCCAGGCAAGAGCAGCUACACGAAAGCCCGCCGAGACCGCCGUCUCCACGCACGUCCACUUCGUCUCUGGACAUAGAAUCCACGCAGAUUGUCAACAUGGCAUUGAAUUUGAGCGAGUCGAGGCGCAUGGCGCAGACAAGAAAUGUGUCGCAGCCGUUGCCUCCGAGACUGGUACCGUUGGCCACAGAUAAUGCCGUGGCAGGAAGCCUCAGACAGCAGUUGCAACAGCAGAGAAGGGUCUCGCGCACCAUGUCUCCAAAACCAGAUCGAGGGACCUUGUCUAGGCUGGGAUCUAGCGGGAGGCCGAGCGCAUUACAGCCCGCCUUCGACACUACCAGCGACGGUAGCGGCUACAGGUACCACUUUUCCAGUUCCACGUUGGCGAGGGCUCAGAAGGCGAAAGACUACAUGGAACUCCUCGCUCAAUACCGCCGGGCACUCGAACUACUACCGCCCUUGAAACCAAACACAUUGUCCAAGACCUCAACCAUGAGUGACCCUGCCCUCUCGGUUUCUACACCCGGGGGUCCGCUCAAUUUUGACGCUGCCGGCCAGAUUGGCCGGCCAUACGAUCCUCUACAGUAUAUAAGGAAUCGCAAGGUCAGGGCUAGGGAGAGGAAGACCAUCGAUGGCGAGAGCCAAGGCUUUGGCGACGUGAGUAGGGUCACAGACUGGGUAGACGAUGUCGCGAAAUGGGUCGCCACUCGCCAGAUGCGGACUCCGGGCAGCUCUGCCCUUCCACCAUUCGCUGGUGCAGAUGUCUUCAACGUUGAGACAUCCCCGCCGUCUCAUGUUUCUCGCACGUCGAAUGCUGUCGCCAAACCGAAGCGACCUAGGAACGACUGGACCAUCGAGCCGGCCGACCUCGUAGCAGACAUUUACUGGCUGGAACAGGAUGACCACAAAAGAUUGGUCGAGGAUCGCAACUGGCGGCGUGUGUUUCCUCAAGACUCAGGCCUGUACCGGCCACUUUCGCAGGCUACAGACGAUGCUUCGCCUGCGGCUGCGUUCAAGAAUGCACAGUUGCAACUCUCGGGGCCAGAAGACGGACCAGGAAAGUCGGCCUCGGAGGCUAAAGCAGCCAAAAAUGAACUUGACCAUGCCUCAGGUGGCACACGUGAGAGAGCUCGCCAGAAGCUGCAGGAGCUCAGGAGCUUCCACCGCCACACGAACUCGGCACAUGGCCAUUCCCACAAUCCUCUCCGUCGGCGCGACUCAUCCUCCUCUUCAAGUUCAUCUGAUUCAGAUAGCCAGAAGAAACGUAGUAGGAAGAACACAAUAGAUAUCGACAAGGACAUUCUUGAGAAACAGAUGAUGGAGAUGAUCGCGCGGGAGGAGGCCCAACGAAACAAGGCAAGGCUGUCACAGGAGCCGGAGCUGAAGGAGCCCAAGUCCCUGCCAUCAGACUCUAUCAGGCCAGACCGGCUCGAGAACUCAGAUUCAACCGGAGGCAGUCGCCAACACAGCCGCAGAGAAUCCCUGAGCAAUGUUGUCAGCGUGGAGGAGAAAGAUUUCGCCGGUCGACCCAAGCUCACAUCCUCGCAGCGCCCAAGUCGGGAGAGCUUGGAAGUACCUCGAUAUUGGGGCAGACCGUCACUGGAAACUGAGUCUUCUGUACCGAAUUCGCCCGAAGCGCGCAACACACGUCGCGAUAACUAUUUCAUACCCGGCAUUGGCACAGAGUUGUCCCCAGCUUCAAGUAGGACUGGCUCGCCGUCAAGAAAUCCAUUCUCCAAGGUCAAGCAGAUGUUCCGCGAUCGCAGCCGAGAGCGAGCUUCUGAACGCCAGCACGACAUCCAAACGAGCGAGAAGGAAAAUAGUGUCGAAGUUAUCGCUACUCCCGCAGCAGACAGAUUGUCCAGCACCCCCGAGGUAGACAAGCGAGGACGAUCACGAUCGAGGAAUAACUCUGUCGAGCCUGAGCCAAAAGUCAUUACUACACGGCUCACGGGUGACAGCCAAAAGUCUCACCGCAAGACGAACAGUAUGCGUUUGGGUGACCCCGGUUCCGGCCUGCGCAGUCUUUUUAAGGCGCCGCGAAUCGACAGCGUGCUGAAGUCGGGAGUUUCCAAGGUCAGCGAGCUGAUAUGGAAGAAGGACUCAGAGGCUGAAGACUCCGACUCUUCGACCUCAUCUUCCGACGCCACCGAUGCCGAGGAGCGUGGAAGACGGAAGCAAGGCAAAUCGCUGUCUCCGACUGCCUCGAUCAGAGGCCGGCCAGGGCACGUCAAGCAAGAUUCGAAACACUUCCUCGACGUGAUGCCUCCAUUUGUGUCUGCGUCGGACUUUAGGGACCACGGCCCAACAGGUGCGCCGCUGUCGAGGCCGGCUAGCCGCCGUUCGACCCGGUUCGAGCUCCUGAAGCCUCCCAGAAUAGAUAUCUCGGUUGCAGACUCGGACACGCAAAAGGACCCAGCAGUUGACGUGUCAGACACCGAAAUGCGUAUGGGUAACAUCCACGAGGAGCCGCUUUCUGCUGGUAGACGUCCAGGCACAGCAUUCUCCGGACAGUCGCCUAAGACCCGGCGGUUCUCAGGGGCCUUCAACAGGGACAGCCGUCAUUUCUCUCUGUCGGAGCAGACCUUGGCGCCCGAGCGUGCACCGCUGACCAGAAGGGAGGUUGCACGUAUGAAGGCCUACAUGUUGAGCUCUGGCAUAAUGGCCAUGAACAUAUCCCGGCGGCAUCAUGAAGGGCAGGUGCUGGACGUCACGACCACCAACGAGAGCAGCGACGUCCUCUCGGCCCUAGGCAACAGGGUCUCGUGGCCCGAGGUCACGCAGCUCGUGCCCGAGGAUCAACGCCAAGAACUAUUCAGCAAGCCCAUCUCGGAGGCGGACCUCUUCCCCGUGACGGCGCGGGUGCUCGGCACGGCGAUCCAGACGUCCAGGCAGCGGUGGGAGUCGGCGGCCGACUCGUUCCGCCACCGGACGCGCAACGACCUCGUCAACGGGCAGAUCGAGCACCUGCGGACACGCCUGCAACUAGACCUGAGCGCGAUGACGCGCACGGCCGCCGAGGAGGCGGACGAGGUCAGCGGCGACCUGGUGGACGGGCAGCGGCGCAAGGUCAAGGCCGUCGUGGACGUGAUCGACAAGCUGUCCAGGCGGCGGAGGCGGCGCUUCCGGUGGGCGAGGCGCGCGGGCUGGCUGGCGCUCGAGUGGGCGCUGGUCGGGUUCAUGUGGUACGUGUGGCUCGUCGUCAUGAUCGCCAGGGUGUUCCUGGGCGUCGGCAAGGGGUUCGUCCGCGGCGUGAGGUGGCUGCUGUGGCUGUAGGGCGGCGCAUAGCGGCAGGACAACCCGCACCACCACCACCACCACCAUCCCCCCACCUGCCUGCCCUCUUCUUCUUUUCCUAUGCUGUGAUUCCCUGUUUAAUAUGUGGCAUAGCCUAUGGAGUUUAAUUCGGUCUAUUCUGUGUUUCUUUCUGCUGUUCCAGAGCAUAGCCAGAUCACGCGAGGGCUUUUUCCCCGUUUGUCCUUCUCGUUGUUUGGAUAUAAGAUGAAGAAGGAAAGAGGGUUCGCGGGCUUGCUAGAAUGACCGUGCUCUUGAUACCCCCGUUGAAAGGGUUCUUUUCCUCUCUACGUUCUUUUCCUUUUUUUUGGGGGGGGGGGGGGGUUUCGUGUCUAAUUUAGUAAUUACUGUUGUUUUCUUUGCAUACACGUGGCGGGCAACUCGGAAAGGGUGGCACUUCGAGGGCAACGAUGGACAUAACAUCAUUCAGCGGGGUGAGGGGGUUCAUGUGCUCUCACCCCCCAUCAGCGAGCGGGUUUGGACAUAGCAAACGCGGGCGGGAUAAAACUGUUUCUUCCAUCUUGGGGAGGUCGAAUGGCUGAAGGAGUGGGUGGACAAUACCUUCUCGAGGCUUUCGACGUUUCUGUUUUGUCUAUACAUACUUUAUACUACAGGCACAUACCAUACAUGGUCCCAAGUCUUGCUUUGAA